AGCCUGUGUUAUCCUGAUGAGCGAUGACACACACACAUGCUGCCUUGUUGGCUGCAGCAGCAGCAGCAGCUCUAUAAAUACCUCACCACCGCGCAUACUCGCUUCACACAAAGAAGCUCCAUAAUUAAUUAUUGCCCUUUCAGUUCGCCAUCGGCAGCCGAGCACCAUGAGCUCCACAGGCGGCGACGAUGGCGCCAAGAAGUCUUGGCCGGAAGUGGUCGGGCUCAGCCUGGAAGAAGCCAAGAGGGUGAUCCUGUGCGACAAGCCCGACGCCGACAUCGUCGUGCUGCCCGUCGGCACGCCGGUGACCAUGGAUUUCCGCCCCAACCGCGUUCGCAUCUUCGUCGACACCGUCGCGGAGGCACCCCACAUCGGCUGAGAAUCAAAUCUAUAAAAUGAAUAACUCGGACAUGUCAUGCGUGCAUGUCCGUCGCCGAAUAAUGGAUGUGUGUGCUUCGUUCCAAUAAAUUGCUAGUAAAAAUAAUGGCAUCGUCGGUAUGCAUGAAUAAAAUGUAUCAGAAUGUUCAUCCUUUCACGAUUGGAUAUAUGAAAAUGUGCUCAGUUGUUUGGUUUCCAA